AUGUUGCCAGGCCUCCCCUCGGGACUGCUGGCUCUGGGGACUGCUUUGCUGUGGCAUCCUUGCCAGGGGAACUGCGGGGAGCUGAAAUGCGGCGACCAGGAGAGCUGCUGCAGCUUCGGCAACGCCACCUACCCGGAGAUCAAGUGCUGCAAGCUGCCCUUUCACACGUUCCUGGACAAUGUGGGUUGGUUCGUGCGGAAGCUCUCCGGGCUGCUCAUCUUGCUGGUGCUCUUCGCCAUCGGGUACUUUCUGCAGCGCAUCAUCUGCCCCAGCCCGCGCAGGCACCACCGGCGGCGCCCGGGACAGCGGGGCCAAGAGGAGGAGGAGGAGGAGGAGGAGGGAGACGACGACGAGGGAGAGCUAGACUCGCUCGCCCGCGCCGUUACCCCGCUCAACGUGACGGCCGCCACCUCGCAGGACUCGCUGCUAGACAGCGGUAGGGGCCGCGACCCGCUGCCGCCGCCUCUCCUGCACAUCGUCUCGCCCGUCUUCUUGCAGCUGCCCAGCUACGAGGAAGUGAAAUAUUUGCCCACUUACGAGGAAUCCAUGCGGCUCCAGCAGCCUGGCGUCCUCCCCGUCACUAGCCUGGCCACAGGGGCGGGCAGAGGCCUCGCAGAACCGGGCUGCUGGGUAGGAGGCAGUUGAGGACCGUUCCUGCGUCCCCCCCCAUCACA